AUGCUUGUCUUGCUAGACACAGACCAGCAACUCGCGAGUAAUCCUGACGACAGCACGGAGCCGAGAAUCCAGGUUCCCGAAGCCCCAUUAGGAGAUGAUCUAGGAGCGCUGCGGAAGAAUUCGAGCUUCACAGACUGCUGCCUGGUGGUAGCUGGCCAGGAAUUCCAGGCUCACAAGGCUGUCUUAGCUGCUCACUCCCCAGUUUUCAGAGCCAUGUUUGAACAUGACACGGAGGAGAGCAGAAAGAAUCGUGUUGAGAUUCAUGACCUGAAACCUGGAGUCUUCAAGGCAAUGAUGGACUUCAUUUACACUGGGAAGGAACCAGUCCUCCACAGCAUGGCAGAUGCUGCGCUGGCAGCUGCUGACAAGUAUGGCCUGGAGCAUUUGAAGGUCAUGUGCGGGAGUGCCCUCUGCAGGGACCUCUCUGUGGAGAAUGCUGCCCACACUCUCUUCCUGGCUGACCUCCACAGCACAGGGCAGCUGAAAACACAGGUGCUGAAUUUUAUUACAGCUCAUGCUUCCGAGGUCUCUCAGACCACAAGCUGGAAGUUAAUGGUGGAUUCAUGCCCCCACUUGGUGGCUGAAGCAUACGGGUCCCUGGCUUCUGCUCAAUGCAAUUUACUGGAGCCCCCUCUCAAACGUCUGAAGCAAUCCCAUGAACCUCUCACCGGUACCCUACAUGUGUAUCCCAGAAGCAGUGGUCAGUGUUGA